GCGUCUCCUCGUCGGAGCGCCUCGGAGGCGGCGUCAGGCAGGCAGGCAGGCUCGACUCGGCCGCGUUUCCCUCCGCCCUCGCCCAUGGCCCCCGCCGCCGGCCUAGGCUCCUGACGGCUCCGUCGCUGGGUGCACCGGGCCGGGGGCCUCGCUCUGGCGCGCCUGGAUAAGUCCACAAUGCCUGAGGUUAGAGAUCUUGCUGAUGCUUUGCCAGAUGUGCAGAUGGACCCAAUCACCGGAGUUGGGGUUGUUGCUUCUCGGAACCGGGCACCUACAGGUUAUGAUGUCGUUGCACAAACAGCAGAUGGAUUGGAUGCUGACCUCUGGAAAGACGGCCUCUUUAAAUCCAAGGUCACCCGAUUUCUGUGCUUUACACGGACAUUUUCUAAGGAGAAUAGCCAUCUGGGAAAUGUCUUGGUUGACAUGAAGCUCAUUGACAUCAAGGACACACUGCCUGUGGGCUUCAUCCCCAUUCAGGAGACCAUGGACACACAGGAAACAGCGUUCCGAAAGAAGAGGCUUUGCAUUAAGUUCAUUCCUCGGGAUUCCACAGAAGCUGCCAUUUGUGAUAUCCGAAUUCUGGGCCGGGGCAAGCAAGCGCCUCCUCAGUAUACAUUCAUAGGGGAACUAAACAACAUGAUCAUCUGGUACAGAAUGGGGAAGGUCCCAAGAAAUCACGAAUCGUCUCAGCCCACAACGCCUUCUCCGCAAGCUCCAGCUACGACACCAGCCGCUAACCUUCCCAGGCAUAUAUCCCUGACACUUCCUGCCAGCUUUCGAGGGAAAGGGCAUGGCACACGGCCGGACUUCGAGUACCAGCACUCUAAUUUGUAUGCCAUAUCAGCCAUGGAAGGCGUGCCUUUUAUGAUCUCGGAGAAGUUUGCCUGCGCUUCCGAAGGGAUGCAGCCUGUUGAUCUCCUGGGCAUCACCAUUAAAUCCUUGGCAGAAAUCGAAAAGGAGUACGAUUACAGCUUCAGGACGGAGCAGAGUGCGGCAGCCAGGCUUCCCCCAAGCCCCACUAGAUGUCAGCAGCUACCGCAGUCCUGAAAUCCUUCAACUCCUUGAAAGGGAAUCACAUGUACUACUGAAUGGGGGGAGGCACGGACUCCCCAGCCUUCCUUUCCUGCCCCCCCUUCCCGCGUCCUAACAAGCAGUGUUACUGGAGACCCUCUCCUACUAAAGGGUUUUUUUCUCCCUAAUCAAUCACCAUUUUUGUACAGUAUGACUGAUGGGGGUAUCUUAAUCUUUGGUUGGGUUUUUUUUUUUUUGUAUCUGUUGUUUUGGAGAUUCAGAUUGGACUGUGGUUAACCCUUUUUCAUCAGCUGCCCAGAUCUCCCAGCCUCUUCUGGAAUUGCUCCAUGUCAUAACCGAAUUAACGUAGACCUCGGUGGGUGCUUCUGUCCAAUCCUCCCUUACAUCCCUCCCCCUGCUUUGCCGGGCAGUCUCUGAAAUCCCAUCAAAGUAUCUUUCUAUAGAAGGAACAGACGUCUGGCCCUUAACUUUUAACUAGGAUCCACAGUUUAUUGGAAGCUUGUCCUGGAAUGGAGAGCAGAAUUGAAACUCAGUGCAGUUUCUGUUACUCAGUCUCCAGAACAUUUACACAUCCUCUGCCCAAAACCUAGAUCUGUUAUCUCAGUAAAAAAGAAAAAGGGUUUCCUCCAGUUUGUAUAAAGACAAUAAACUCAUAGGUUCAGUCAGUCAGUGUUCUUCUAUAAACCUGUGGCUGUUUCGUUCAGUACUGACUUAACAAAGGGAGGGAAAAGCCAAUCAUUUGCCUUCUUCGUGACAAAAAUCGCACAACUCUUCAUUCAUGCUUGGAAUGACCUCAAGACCUUUCCUAGCCUGGACUUCCUUCCGGCUCAUGAAACCUGGAAUUAUCCUUGCUCUGUUCUACGUUUGUCUCCCAACCCAAUUUCCCUAGAGUUUGCCAUCAUCUUUUUUCAACGGAGAGGAAUCGGCCUAAUUUAAUGUUUGCCUGGAGAUGUUCUGUGACAUUCCCAGAACUGCAACUUCAUCGCAAGCCUGAAAGGAGCCAUCAACUUCCUUCCUGCACCCAUAACUACUUGAACGUGGCAAUGAACAAAAUGCCCGAUAGAAUGUGUCAGUGACUUUGGUUGCCUCUUUCGUCUUUGACCCACCCAUUGGCUGCUUAAAACGAGAGCGACCACCAUGUGUGCCUCCAGGAGCCUUCUUGGAAGGACCUCAGACUUCACUCUUU